GUACUGUGUUUUUCUACCAUCUGGAGAUGAAAGCAUAUUUAUUGGAGAAAUAAGAAGCUAAAGCGACAUACUGGCAUUUCCAAACAAGAAUAUUUGGCUGCUGUUUACUUAAAAGCGCCAGUUUAACGCAGACACUAUGGGCAGCUUUUGUCUGAGCGGAGACCUGCAGCCUGUUUAGUGUAAAGACAGAGAGCUGUCAUUUCACAGCGUGGUCACGAUGGAUCGCUACAACGAGGUGAAACUUGUGCUGAAACGCUGGGAGCAAAGUUUCUUCAAAAAGCACCACAGGAAACCCAACAAGGAGGACAUUGAUCAGGCUGCUGAUGAGACCAGGAAGUUGUAUAAGGAGUAUCGCAGCUUGAAACAAGCCAAAGAAAACAGGAGAGAUGAAUCUGGGGUUCAAACUCCGGCUCCAGCUGAGAUCAACACAGCCAAGGAGUCAGACUCGUGGGGCGUUCAUCUGAACCGCAGCGCCCUCCCUGCAGCCUCUCCCAGGCUGACGGCCCAGGACAGAGACAACCUCAAAGCUUCCUCCCAGUAUUAUGGUUUGAAGCUCAAAAGCAACCUGGCUUCGCUCAGUAAGGAGCGUCCUGUGUCUCUGAAGAAAUCCCUCCCUUCAUGCCGGCGGCCUCUAAACUCCUUAAAAGAUGAAAAAGUUACGCCAACAGUCAAACCUGGAACUCCUGCAAAGAUCACAGACAGUGAAACAGUUUCACCCAGGAUGCUGGAUCCUGUCGAACCUGAAGAGCCCACUGAUCCAUUUGAACCCGUGACGCUGUUCAGCGAUGAAUCUGCAGGUUCCAAAGGAAAACCUGAAGCCACAGAAACACCAAGUAAAAGCGAAGAAGCUUCAGGAGACAGAAAAGAAAGUCCUGACUUAUUAAAAACUCAACAUAAUGCAUUAAAUUCAGCAACUCCUGAAACUUCCUUUGACUCUAAAAGAUGUGUGCAGCCAUUCAGAAGCUCCAGAGGACCUGUAGGAAGAGCGUCUCCAGCCAGCAGGCUGAGCUUCAUCGACAGGAAGUGGCUGGAGCGGUGCCAGGUGUUUGGAGAGAUGGGAGACGAGGAGAAGCCUGGCGCCGGAAACCAGGACGUAAACCUGGAGGGAAGAGGCGAGAGAGGUGGAGCAGAGGACAGAAAAGGAGGCGAAGCAGCAGGGAAACAGGAAGUUAGUGUGGAUGGAGAAGGAGAGGAGAGAGCACCGGUACUAGGAAAAGAUGGAAGUCCGGUUUCCACGAAGAGCGACACAAAUGUCAGCGAUAGUACCCCAAAGUCAGAACAGCAACGUGAAGGAGGAGAGGACGGCAAACAGAAAAGGAAGGGAGGCAAGGCGAAGGAAAAGACACCAGAAACACCAGCGAAAGAGAGCGGCCCAAAGAAGACGGGCAGGAAAAGACAGAGGGAAGAGGAAGACCCGGGUGGAGAUGCGACUGAAGCAGGAGGAGUAAAGAAGAGGCAGAGGAAGAGUAAAAAGAAAGAGGAGAGCUCUGAUGUAAACCUGAGUCCUGCUCCAGGAGGGACCGCCAAGAAACAGAGAAGCAAGAGAAAAGAAGACAGAGAGACUGAAACAAAGACAGAAACCACAGCAGUGACAAAGCUCCCUCAAGAGAACCUAUUGGGAGAAGUAGAGGAAGAAAUCGGAGCUAACAGGAUGAAUCGAACGCAGUCUGCCCGAGCCAGAGUUGCAAAAGGUCCAGAGGGAAACUUUGUGAAGAUCAAUCUGAAAAAGAAGUCUCAUGUGAAAGGAUACGCUCUGAGGGGGAUGGCGCUGCGCAGACAGCUGUACAUGCAGAAGUUCCAGCUGAAAGGAGAGCGCUUCGGUGGAGGCGGAGGCUACCUGGGCAGGGGGUGGAGGGGGAGGGGCGGCUUCAGAGGCGGGCUCAGCCGGCAGGGGGACACCUGCUACAAGUGCGGAGGGACCGGACACUGGGCCGCCGACUGCAGAGGGCGAGCUCCUCCACCUCCCGUUCCUGAAGACAACCCUGAAGAAGAGGAGCCGUUCGAGCUGCCCACGCUGGAGGAUGUUGCCAGGGCAACGGGAACGCUGGGGCCUCAGCCAGUCGUCUCAUCUUUUGGUGCUAAAGAAGACCCACACGUCCAGGAAAAAGAAGCAGACGGUGGCCUUAAAGAUGAGGUUCUGCUGAACGUGAUUCGUCCAGACUAUAAACGCCCCGCUCCUCCACCUCCUGUCCAACCACUUUAUCCUCUCACAGACGACGGCAAAGUUCAGGAAACACCCGAUGAAGUGUUCACAGCCCUCAGUGAGCUCGGCUACUCAUCCUUCAGAGCCGGACAGGAGGAAGCCAUCAUGAGGAUCCUGUCAGGUCUCUCCACCCUGGUGGUGUUGUCAACAGGGAUGGGCAAAUCGUUGUGCUACCAGCUUCCAGCUUAUCUGUACGCUCAGAGAUCCAAGAGCAUCACUUUGGUGAUUUCCCCUCUGGUCUCGCUCAUGGAUGACCAGCUGUCUGGCGUGCCAGCCAAGCUGAAGGCGGCCUGUAUACACUCCAACAUGACGAUGAAGCAGAGAGAAGCUGCCAUAGAAAAGGUGAAGUCGGGCCAGGUGUCCGUGUUGCUCCUCUCCCCUGAGGCUCUGGUGGGCGGAGGCGGCUCGGGGUCGGGGUGUCUGCCCUCUGCUCAGGAGCUCCCCCCUGUGGCCUUUGCGUGUAUCGAUGAAGCUCACUGCGUCUCUGAGUGGUCACACAACUUCAGACCGUGUUACCUGAGGCUCUGUAAGGUGCUCAGGGAGCGUCUGGGAGUGCAGUGCAUGCUGGGACUGACGGCUACGGCCACGCUGUCCACUGCUCUGGACAUCGCUCAACAUCUGAACAUCAGUGAUCGAGAUGGCAUCGCUGUCAGAUCUGCAGCUGUGCCUCCCAACCUCAACCUGUCCGUGUCGAUGGACAGAGACAAGGAUCAGGCGUUGGUGUCUCUGCUGAAAGGGGACCGCUUCGGUUGUCUGGACUCCAUCAUUGUUUACUGCACCAGAAGAGAGGAGACGGUGCGCGUGGCGGCGCUUCUCAGGACCUGCCUGCAGGGGGUGCUGGUGAAGGAAAACAACCAAAUCAGCAGCAACAGCCAAUCACAGAACAACCCUGUGGGACAGAAGAAGAAAGAGCUGGCGCGUAAAAAGAUCCGUAAGCCGCUGAAGUGGCAGGCCGAGUCGUACCACGCCGGCCUGUCGGGCUCCGAGCGCCGCCGCGUCCAGAACAACUUCAUGUGCGGCGAGCUGAGGAUCGUGGUGGCCACGGUGGCGUUCGGCAUGGGCCUGGACAAGUCCGACGUCCGGGGUAUCGUGCACUACAACAUGCCUAAGAGCUUUGAGAGCUACGUUCAGGAGAUCGGGAGAGCGGGGAGAGACGGAGAACCUGCUCACUGUCACCUGUUUCUAAACCCAGAGGGUGGAGACCUCCAUGAGCUGCGUCGCCAUAUCUAUGCGGACACCGUGGACUACUACACCGUGAAACGACUGGUUCAGAAGGUUUUCCCAGCAUGCACAUGUAAACAGAUUCAUCAGAAACAGCAGGAGCUCUUGAUGGAUGCCGAAGACACCGAGCUGCUGGAGAUGAUGGACGUGUGCGAUCAGAGAGGCGAGCUGAAUCCUCCUCCACAGCAGGACGGAGCGCGGACACACGACCCGGAACCGAGCGCAGCAGAGAUUUCAGGUCUCGAUUCGGCCGAGCAGCCGCUCCGGGACGGCGGAGAUGAUGGGAAGAAAAAUGAGGAAGAGGAGGAAGAGGAAGAACAGAUGGUGAAAGACAACAAAGCCGAUUGUCCGGAGGGCCAGCGAGCAGACGGCGGCGACUGGCCGGAAGAGCGAGUGUGUCACACACACGAGAGAGCGAUUCCCAUCCAGGAGACGGUCGAGGCGCUGGACAUCACAGAGGAAGGCGUGGAGACGCUGCUCUGCUAUCUGGAGCUGCAUCCGCAGCGGUUUGUGGAGCUGCUGCACCCCACCCUGUCCGUGUGCAAAGUCAGCUGCUACGACGGACCCAGGCAGCUCCAGAGAGUCACCAAAAUCUGCCCCCCCAUCGCCGUGGUGCUGGCCCGACGGCGGAUGGCAGGCGAGCGGGUGGAGACGUGCGACCAGCUGGAGUUCGACGUCGUGGAGGUGGCGGACACGAUGGGAUGGGAGCUUCCCCUGGUGAAGAGAGGACUCAGACAGCUGCAGUGGAGCACCGAUCGAGCCGGCGGUCGCAGCGGCGUGCUCGUCGAAUUCUCCUCCCUCUCUUUCUACUUCCGCUCCUUUGGGGACCUGAGCGACGACGAGAUGGACCGAGUUUGCCAGUUUCUCCACAACCGGGUGCAGAACCAAGAGAGGACGCAGCUGUACCAGCUGACGGCCUGCUUCAAAGCUUUCAAGAGCGUUGCCUUCCAGAGUGUGUCGUCGUGUCUGGAAGAUCUGGACGAGACUCGCAGUUUACAGCUGAAAGGGCUUCUCUCCGAGUACUUCGACAAACGGCGAGACAGAGAUCACACACUCCAAGCGGCGGACCUGGAGGAGCACGACAAACACAAGCUGUUUGAGUGGGAAGAUCAAAUAAGAGCCGACAUCAGAAGUUUUCUUGCCAACCGAAGUGAUGAGAAGUUUUCUGGGAGAGCUGUCGCAAGAAUCCUGCAUGGCAUAGGCAGUCCGUGUUACCCUGCUCAGACCUACGGCAAAGACCGGCGCUACUGGAGGAAGUACAUCCAGUUCGACUUCAACCAGCUCAUCCGACUGGCCACGCAGGAGAUCAUUCGCUUCAAAUGAUGUGUGUGUGUGUGUGUGUGUGUG